UGAUUCAGAGUUCAGAAUAUCAGCGUGCGUACAGCGGCAGGCAACGGCACGAACAGCCACACUUCUAGAAGGUUCUAGGCAGUGCGCAGGAGCAGAGGUGAAGAGAGCAGGAAUGAACAGGCGAAGGACCCGGGGUCACGAGACCGUUGGUGGGAGGAGCCAGCGACUAGGGAGGUUCUAGUUUGUUCUGCCUCGCGGCAGCCGCCCCCUUCCACACGGUCACGCUGAGCUAGUGCCCAGGCCUGGAAUCGGGCUGCAGCCUCAGCCGCGCCCGCCGCCUCCCGCCGCUUGCCGACCAUGGACCCCCGCAAAGUGAGCGAGCUUCGGGCCUUCGUGAAAAUGUGUAAGCAGGACCCGAGCGUUCUGCACACCGAAGAAAUGCGCUUCCUGAGGGAGUGGGUGGAGAGCAUGGGCGGUAAAGUACCACCUGCUGUUCAUAAAACUAAAUCAGAAGAAAAUAUCAAGGAAGAAAAAGCAGAUAGUAAGAAGGCGGAGGAAAACAUAAAGACAGAUGAACCAUCAAGUGAGGAAAGUGAUCUAGAAAUUGACAAUGAAGGUGUGAUUGAACCAGACACUGAUGCACCUCAAGAAAUGGGAGAUGAAAACGUAGAGAUAACCGAGGAGAUGAUGGAUCAGGCAAAUGAUAAAAAAGGGGCUGCCAUUGAUGCCCUAAAUGAUGGUGACCUACAGAGAGCCAUUGACUUGUUCACAGAUGCCAUCAAGCUGAAUCCUCGCUUGGCCAUUCUGUAUGCCAAGAGAGCCAGUGUCUUCGUCAAAUUACAGAAGCCAAAUGCUGCCAUCCGAGACUGUGACAGAGCUAUUGAAAUAAACCCUGAUUCAGCUCAGCCAUACAAGUGGCGAGGGAAAGCACAUAGACUUCUGGGCCAUUGGGAAGAAUCAGCCCACGAUCUUGCCCUUGCAUGUAAAUUGGAUUAUGAUGAAGAUGCUAGUGCAAUGCUGAAAGAAGUUCAGCCAAGGGCUCAGAAAAUUGCAGAACAUCGGAGAAAGUAUGAGCGGAAACGUGAAGAGCGAGAGAUCAAAGAAAGAAUGGAAAGGGUUAAGAAGGCUCGGGAAGAACAUGAGAGAGCCCAGAGGGAGGAAGAAGCCAGACGACAAUCAGGAGCUCAGUAUGGCUCUUUUCCAGGUGGCUUUCCUGGGGGAAUGCCUGGUAAUUUUCCUGGAGGAAUGCCUGGAAUGGCAGGGGGCAUGCCUGGAAUGGCAGGAAUGCCUGGGCUCAGUGAAAUUCUUAGUGAUCCAGAGGUUCUUGCAGCCAUGCAGGAUCCAGAAGUUAUGGUGGCCUUCCAGGAUGUGGCCCAGAACCCGGCAAAUAUGUCAAAAUAUCAGAGCAACCCAAAGGUGAUGAAUCUCAUCAGUAAAUUGUCAGCCAAAUUUGGAGGUCAAGCGUAACGCCCUUCUGACAAAUAAAGCCCUGGCUGAAGGAAAAGCAAUGGAGAUCACCCAGUGGAUGUCGCAAUAAUACAAACCAGUGUACCUCUGACCUUCUCAUGAAGAAAGCUGGGGUGCUUUGAAGAGAAUCCCUACCCCUCUGCCCCAAAUGCAGCUGUAACAUUUUACAGUGCUUUGCCAUAGGGUAUUUGUUCAGAUAAUGUUUUCCUACUAGAAAUUACAAACUUUAAACACUUUUAAACCUUAAAAAUAUUUAAAAACAAAUUAAAAGGGUAUGUAAAACCCUACAUUUUUCUUUAAUCAUUUCGGUGUUUUCCUUUGAAUUAAUUGGGCAAAGAAUAUACUUUAGUAUGGAAGAUUUAUUGCUCAGUUUGAGUGAAAUACAGGUUUAUUAGUGGGAGGUAAAUAUAAGAUUUAAAUAGAUAAAAUUUUAGUUGGAUAUAUGGUUACUGAAGCAUUUUGAUUUGUCUUUUUAAAUGCUUUAUUUUAAAAAAAAAAAAAAGAUUUAUUUCAAUAAAACUACUGGGACCACCAGUAUUGCAAUAGGACCUGGGUAGGGACUGGAAGAGUGGUAGAGUUGUAGGCGUUAUGAAAGAUUCAUUGGCAGGUGGCAACAAUCUUACUACAUUUUAUAUAACAUGUACCCUUUGCAGAUGCAUUUAAAUCUUACACUGCGGUGAAGGGAUGGUUUUUAUAAUGCAGUAAAGUUGGAUUAUGUUGCUCUCUGUUCUUGUCUGAUACAUAAAAUAAAUGUUUCAUAUUAUUUCCUUGCAGGGGAAAUAAGGGAAUACUUUUCUUUUUAUAUUUCUAUAUUUUAAAUUACCUUUCCUGGUCAGAAAAUGCCCAACUCUUGUUGGCUUUGUACUGGUUUUCAGAUUCCCCUACCCUCAUACUCUUCUUGGACUAAAGAGAGUCCUUUUUCACUAACAUCAUCGGUAGUAUCAUUCACAGCAUAAUUGUGCAAGCAUAUUUAAUGCUGGGUUUAACUUAACAUGUAAUACAUGCAGUGACUAUGUAGGGCAGUACCCAUAACAGCUGUAGUUUCUUACUUGGUCAAGAGAUGUCCUGUUUGUUAGAUUUCUGCUUCGGUGGUAUCUUCUCAUAUCAGAAGAUGUUGGAAGGAGGGAUUGAUUCCCUUUGGUGGCGUUUGACCCUCUACUUAGGAAGUACCAAUUGAGCUUAUGUUUGUAUUUUGGAGAGUAUGAGGUUUGAGUUGAGAUUCAUAGAGAGGAACCUAACUUCUCGAUCCAACUUGAAUUAUAAAAUUGAUGAGAUCCAUGGUUCUUCAUUGUAGAAUUGUUGGCGUUAUGAAAGAUCCAUUGUUUUCCUAUCCAGCUCUUAAAUACUGCAACCAUAUUUCCACCUCUCCUUUUGCUCCUUCCCUCUCCAAGGAUAAAAAAAAAAUGAUAAAUUUUUGGUUGUACAUUUUCUAUAUUGAAUAAAACUAAGUCCAGGCACUGUACCAGGAAUUUCUAGGUUUCUUUGAAUUAAAAUGCUAGUGUUUAGAAGCACUUUCAAGGGAUGAGACCCUCUGUGCUUACCUUAUUUGAAGAAUCUGGUAGGAGCAGUGAAGUAAAUUCCAUGGAAUACAUUUUUGAAAUAGCACAUCUCUGAAAUUAUAAGUUCAUUCAGAUUCUAACCCUUUGCUGCACACAAGCACAUAGAAAUGUAUCUGUUACAUGAGUGAGAAAAAGUUGUAUGCUAAUUGAGCAUGCUUUUUAAACCCUUUAAAAAUACUCAGCAUAUAAACUUGUGUUUGAGCUUGCCAGUGUUCUUUUUGUUAAUAUGUGUUCUCC